AUGACAGUCGUUGACCAUCAGCCCUCCCUCGUCGACUCAACUUCCGCAACCGAACCUGCACAAAAACCCAGUUCUGCUGUAGAGUCCCGAAGACGAAGCAGUUCUCUCGAGACGACGUCGGAAGGGCGAUCACGACAAGAGACUGCCACCAUGCAUGGCUCUCUUUCCGAUGCCGACUCCAUACUUUCCAGCCAGAGUGAACGGAAUCUGGAAGGCUAUACUAAUGUGCGAAUGCGCCGACAUGCUGAGAUGACACCAACCGAAGCUAAGGAUGCGAUGUACUGGGAGAAACGCUGGAAGAAUAAUGCUGCAGCUAGGCGAUCGAGGCAGAGCCGCAGAGCCAAAGAAUCAGAGUUGAGUGAAUAUGCCCAACACUUGGAGGCCGCCAACGCCCUCCUUCAGGCAGAAAUCAGUGCUCUGCGGCAAGAAUUAGCAAAGUACAGGACAGCCAACGGCUCCUAG